ACUCCCUCUCAACAUGGCGGUUGGUGGAUGAACAAACUGAACUUCCCCUGACUUUUGAUCUUUACCUCCAAGCACAGCCUACUUCGAGGAAGUGUUUGUCAAUCAAUAUAUUUUCACUGUUAAAUUACGUAUUCAUAUGUGAAAAAUUGAGAGCGAAAAUGUUUUUUUAAAAGCCUACCGGUCUACACGAGUACAGUACUAUAGUUGGUAAAGUAAAUUCAUGAGACUCAAGAGUACAAAAGUGCAGAUUAUUUUUGGAUGAUUGAAAAUGGAUUCAGGAGAUUCAUCAGGUGAAGAUGUUUUCGAGUGUGGAAAGUGUAAGGAAAGGUUUUUCAACUACAAUGCAUUUAAGAGACACAAGAAAAGCCAAGUCUGCAGAAGUAAAGACAGAACUAAAACAAAUCAUCAAAGCAACAUAAAUCUGAACAUAUAUUCUAUUUCUGAUAUUUCAGUCAAUCUAGAUGGCAACACAGCAGGUGAAAGCUGUACAUUUACUGGGAUUGUAGAUGGUGCAAAUACCAAGGAUCCAAAUGUACAUACAAAUAAUGCUGAACAACAACUGAACAUUGAGGCUACAAAUAACAUUGUAGAUUUAGCAGCUGAAUUUGCUCUUGUGUCCGAUAUUGCAAAUGAUUCCUGCAAAUCCACAACAAAUAAUUCACAGUUGAUCGAUCAUAAUUACAUGUUUUUACAGUCAAACACCCCUAAUGAUAGGCUGAGGUCAAGAGAGCAUCAAACCAGAUCCAAAGAUACGAUAUGUAUGUUGUGUUCAGACUACACUAUCAACUUGAAUGAUCAUCUUGAAAAGCAGCAUAUGAUAGCAAACGAAAAAGUCCAAGAAUUUGUUUCUCAUUAUAUGGGGCAGUUCUCCUCUCAGAAGGUAGUGAAAAAAUCAAGUAAAUGUGGAAAGACAUUUACAUGUGCUCAGUGCAAAACAGUUUUCAAGACGAUGAACGAUAAGGAUACGCAUGUCUGUCAGAAGUUGACGUGUACUCAGUGCGCUGGUGAAUUCAAGAAUGCCACCCUUCUUGAAAACCAUAAUUGUCCAAAUGCCAAGAACUGCGAAGAUUGUGAUUGCUUUUUUCCAAACUCAAAUUUGUAUAUGAAACAUGUAUGUUCCAAGCCUGAAUUAUCCUUGUGCAAACAAUGUAAAGUUCAGUUCUUGAACAGAGCUCGUAUGCAACGUCAUAAUUGCUGUAGUCCAAAGGAAACAUUAACAGACAAUGUAACGGAAUCCACUUCACGUAUCAGACGCUGCUCCCUCUGUCAGUUCAGCAGUGUACAUUCUUCGUUACUUCUGAGCCACUUCCGAGACCAACACAUGAGUGAUGCUUAUCUCGACGAUGGAAAUGUUACGAAGGUAAAUAAUGAAGAUGAUUCCAAAACGAAGAUAAAAAAUGAGAAAAUAAAAUGUAGACGUUGUAAACGAACUGUUCUGGUGAACCAUCUGGAGAAACACAGACUGAAGUGCCAGGAAGGUAAGGGUAAGAUUUGCAUCUUGUGUAACCACUACUCACGUGAUAGACAUGAUUUUACGAUUCAUGUCGAUACGCACAAAGUUUGGCUUGAUUUGGAUGACGUAAAACGAGUGAAAAAUUCCCAAAGUGAACUUGAACAUGUCAACGAAACUAACCAGCAAACUAAUAUGGAUUGCUCGACUUUGAGUUUAGAGGAUGUAGAUAAAGUUGUGAAGUUGAUUAAGAAGGAUCAAGAGCAAUACUUACUGGAUAACCAACUGAUGAAUACGCAAGAAGCUACUGAAGACAUGGAAAACAGUCUAGAGGAAGGUGAUAAGCAGGAAAACAAGAAAGAUCCUACAAAUACAGGAAACGAUGAGAGUUUACGAGAAUCACGGCGUAACCUUAAUACCCGCAAAUGCAAGUCUUGCGGAACGUUCUUUACGAUUGACUGUCUACCUCUUCAUAUGCUUGAUACACAUAACAAGAUCAAGCUAUUCCGUUGUUUUCUUGACACUUGCUUGCAAGUUUUUUCAAAGCUUGAAAAAUUUGAUGCACAUGUAAAGUCACACCCUGAGAACGAAGACAUGUUGUGGUGCGGUUGUAAAACAUGUGUGCGGGUACAACCAUCAGGAUUAGCCAAAAGGAAAGAAUUAAGAAAGGAAAAAAUGAGGCAGUAUUAUCACAACAUGAUGUAUAAAUGCGAGACUUGCUGGAGUAAGUUUCCAACUGAAGCAGGCCUAAGCAAACACAAAAGAAAUGAAACUCACCACUACCCUUGCCAUGUUUGUGGAAAGAUACAAGUAAGUGUACGUCAACUAAAAAUGCACAUACUCACCCAUGACACCGCAAGACACCACCUCUGUGACAUAUGUGGAUUGGGUUACAAGACUAGCAGAGAUCUGAAGAAACACCGCCUUAAUCAUUCCGAUGUACGGCCAUACGUUUGCGACUCAUGCGGAAAAGCCUUUCCGACAAAAUUCAAGCUUAAUCGGCACAUACUCUGUGUGCAUAAUCCCGUGAAAGCGUUUGCGUGCACUCACGAAGGAUGCGAAAGAAAGUUCUCCCGCAAGGACAAGUUAAAGGAUCACCUUAACACUCAUCUGGAGGUAGAACCAUUCAAAUGUACUUACUGUAGCAAAGGUUUCUAUCGGUCCGACAACUUGCGUGACCAUGAGGUCCUGCAUACACGCAACUACAGAUUUAAAUGUAACUUGUGUAGCAAGGGAUACAUGAGACCGAAACUGCUAGAAGUACAUAAACAAAGAGAGCACAGUGAAGAGGCAGACAACCAGAAUAAAGAAGAUACAGCAUUUCCUCUGUACACGUUAUAUGCACAGCAGCAGGCUAUACAGAUUCUUCCAGAAGCGAUUCAGUCUUUGUCUGCGCAAACUGUUCAACAGCUUCAACAAGUCGUCAAUGAACAACAGCACCAGCAAGUUGCUAUCGACGUGCAGUACCAUCAACAAGCAAUGGGUAACCCUGCUAUUAUGCCUGUGUUUGAUUCGCUGCAAUGAUGAAACAUGUAACUGUCUAUAUAAUUCAAGCGCAUAUUUACAAGUUGUGAAAAUUAAUGGCAUCAUGCUACAAAUGAUGAUGAGUACAUUUAAACUCAAAAUAUUCGGUUACUGUAAAGUAAAAAAUGAAUAGAUUCAAAUAUUUCAGGAUUUUUUAGAAAUUAAUUAUGAUUUUCAUGAUUAAACUAACUUUCUGUGUGACUAAUAUUCAGUUUUCAAUUUAAACUGCAUUCACAUGAAUCAAAUCCAGAACCAAAAUUCUGACCACGUUUCCAAUGCGCUGAAUGUCAGUGCCCCUAUUCCUACAUACUGAUUCGAUUUUCUGAUCGGUUUGGUAGGUUUUCCGAUCCGAAAAUUUGAAUUCGGUGUGAAUGCUCCUUUGUUCUUAGAAGAUAAAACAAUUUGAUAGGAGCUUUCUUUUAUUAUUUUUUCUCAAAAAUUAUACAAAUUGAAAUUAAAAGGAACGUAGAUAGAUUAAAAUAGAUAAUAGUAUACAAUAUUGACUGCUCAUGAGGGGAAUGGUGAAAUCUAUAGGUAAUGUGGGGACUGUUAAAGGCUAUGGUCUCCACAUCACUGAGGGGCUAUAGAUUUCACACAUAGAUUCUACAAAACCCCAAAAAAGUAUAGUAAUGAAAAGAUUACACACCAAGUAGGCCUAGGCUUACUUUCUAGGGCUAGGCGAUCAAAGGCCUAAUCUCUCAGGGUCGUAGAGGUCGCAUCCCCUUUACCAUCAGUGCAUGUCAUAAAUUACAUAGCAAUGUUGUAGGUGGUGGCCUAGAGAUUACACAUAGCAACAGGGCAAAAAAGUACUUUCAUUUAGGGUGAAAGUUACUUUUUUCCCGGGAAAAAGUGAACUAUCAUUCAAACCUAAGUCAUAGGAGUGAUGGUUGAAGUUAUUACCCGCUUCUUAACCAAUCAGAUGCCUAGAAUCUAAUUAUGCGGUAUAUAAUACUGUAUAGCACCAUGUAUUUUAAUAAAUCAUGUUUUUAUGCAAUAAUUUACCAUUUGAGGUGUAAAUUAUGCCAUUUUUUAAUUAAUCGAUCCCGGUUAUUGUUUAUUACUUAGCAGCAAAGUGAAUAAAAACUUAUGAUCACAUUGAUUGGUAAAUAAUAAAAAUAACACCCACAAAUUUAAUAACAAACUGUUGCUUAAAUUAACUAAGCUAACCGUUUUUUCAGAAAGUAGAUACGUUAUCGGUUAGCAAGUUGAGUGCUUUUUUAUCAUUAACCAAUCACACAUACGCAUUUUCAAUUUCCAGUGAUCCCACCGUCAUCUUCUUGAUAUCUGGAUCGGGAUUUUCUUGUGUGAACGCAAGUGUGAACACAUAUGUUAUUUAUUUGGAUCUGUUAGAUGGUGUGUGUGAACAUUGCCUAAAAGGCCAACAAUUAGCAGCCGAUUUAAAAAAAAAAAACCUUAUGAUUGGUUUAGAAUUAAGUAUUAUAUAAUUAUGAAUUAUUCAUUUUAUAUAAAGUAUAUAAAAUAAGUAGCAAAUUUAUUUACAAAGGGAUUGAAUUAAAGUAAUAGUUUAUUAAUAAAUAACUAUUAAAAAUAAAUAACAAAGUGUAUUACUAGUACCUGUAUUGCAUUAAUUUUACUUAAAAGAAAAGGAUAACCAUUUGAUUUCAUUUAGUUUAGAUAAUAGGCUUUUCAACAAAAAAGUUAUUGAUGCAAACACAGAAAUUCAUUGAGUUAAUAAAAACAAAAUAUGA